AAAUAUACAAUAAUAUAUUUGCUGAAUUGCUGUGUGCUUACUACCAGGCUUAUACCUUCUCCCUCAUGACAAACCGUAAGAAAUUCCUGAUUGUUUGUAAUCCAGCCCAAGGCCUUAUCAACCCAGCCCUCCAGUUUGCUAACCGCCUUGUCGAACAUGGUAUUGAUGUCACCUUUUGCACCGGUCUCUCUGGCGUUCAGCGCAUAGACAAAGAAACCGUCCCUCAUGGCAUUACAUUCGCUCCCUUCUCUGACGGCUCUGACAAUGGUAUACAACCAACCCUGCAACAAUCUGUCAAAGAUCUUGAAACAAAAGGUGUUUGUGCAGUUGCAGAACUCUUAAGCUCUGCAACUACUGCAGGCCAACCAUUUGAAUGUCUAGUAUACACCUCUAUUAUACCAUGGGGAGCACGCGUGGCAAAUUCCCACGGUAUUAAGUCAGCUCUCUUGUGGUGCCAGUCAGCUACUACCUUAGAUAUAUACUACUACUAUUGUAAUGGAUAUCAGAAUUUGAUCUCCAGUAAUAACGACAACCCAACAUUUCCAAUCAGUUUACCUGGGCUCCCACCACUCACCAUUGCCGAUUUAGUGUCGUUUAUGUUGUCGUCUAGCCCAAAGGAAUAUGCCUUCAUUCUACCUCAUUUGCUGGAACAUAUUUAUGCACUAGAAUUAUCUCCAACAAUACUUGUGAACACUUUUGAUGAACUAGAAUUCGAGUCCAUACGAGCAACUAAGAAACUCGAGUUCAUCCCUGUUGGACCCUUAGUCCCUUUGGACUUCUUAAACGGAAAGGACUUAUCAGAGAUUUUGCCGGAACCAAAAGCUGAUUACAUCCAAUGGUUAGACACAAAAGCUAAAUCUUCAGUUGUGUAUAUUUCAUUUGGGACGCUAGCAAGUUUAUCAAUGGAGCAAUUAGAGCAGAUAGCAAAUGGAUUAUUGGAGAGUGGCAAGUCAUUUUUAUGGGUGAUAAGGGAGGGUGACAAAGCAAAAAGAUUGAACAAGUUAGAGGAACUGGAAAACCUCGGCAUGAUAGUGGGUUGGUGUUCUCAAAUGGUGGUGUUGAGCCACAAAUCGAUUGGAUGUUUUGUAACGCAUGGUGGUUGGAACUCCACAAUGGAGUCAUUAGUGGCCGCUAUUCCUACAGUGGUGUUUCCACAAUGGUCAGAUCAGCCAAUCGAUGCAAAACUUAUUCAAGAUGUGUGGAAAACAGGGGUUAGGGUGAAGACGAGGGAAGGGGAUGGUAUGCUGGAAGGGAAGGAGUUUAGGAGGUGUGUGGAAACAGUGAUUGGAAACGUCCAGAUGAAGAUAAAUGCACAGAAAUGGAGCUCUUUCGCAAGAAAAGCUCUUAGAGAUGGCGGAUCAUCAGCCGUCAACUUCCAAGCGUUCUUGGAAAAUGUUUGAAUUUGUGUGCAAGUUAUAUGUUGUGUGUGUUUGUGUGUGUUUUGGCUAACUUGUUAGCUUAUUGUUCAUAUCCCCUUAAGUAAUGGCUGUUUGAUAGCUAAAUUAUUUGUUUUCAGUAAUCUGGGAAAUACCUUGUAAAAUCUGGUUGGUGUUCCACUUAAAUGAUCUUAAGUGCAACAAACCUGUAUAAAUGGAGUGUUCUAUUUCAGAUACCAA